GAAGGAAGGAAGGGAGAAAACAAAGAUUGAGGCAAACAGGAGUUAAAUGAUUUGCCUAGGAUCGUGCAGGUAGGUAAGUUUCUGAAGGGUGAUUUGUUUUUUAAACUCUUACUUUCUGUCUUAGUAACAAUUCUAGUCAGAAGGGCAUGGGCUAGACAAAUGGAGUUAAGUGACUCACUCAGGGUCACUCAGCUAGGACGAGUCUGAGGCCAUAUUUUGAACCCAGGUCCUCCUGAUUCCAGGUCUGGGGCUCUAUUCUAGCUACCCUCUGAAGCCUGAUAUGAAAACAAAUCUUUCUAACUCUGGGUAUCUUAUGGUUGUCUUAUUUAUCCCCUGCUCAACUUUUCUCCUAAUCUCAACUGGUCAUUCCUCUCUAAUGCUUCAAAUUAGGGCUUCCUCAUGAGUAGUGACUCAUGUCUGACUUAUGAUGUGAGAUUUAAACAUCCCACAUUUUUUUUGCCCCUUUAAACAGCAACCAAAAUGUCCACCUGACGGAGGGGCAGCAUCCCAUUCCUGUCCACAAUUUUUUUUUAAUCUUCCUUUUAAAUAGAAUAUGUGUUAAUUUCUUUUGCUAAAACAUGCAACUUUUGUUUUUUGUAUGUAAAUCAUUUCAGGAGCCCUUGAUGGAAGAAUAUGCUAUUGCCGCCCAGGUCUUCAAACUGAGCACAUGUGACAUGUGUGAAGUGGCAAGAAAUAGUGUCCUACAGUGUGGAAUGUCCCAUGAGGAGAAAACUAAGUUUCUCGGAGACAAUUACCUCGAGGAAGGCCCUCAUGGAAACGACAUCCGGAAAACCAAUGUUGCCCAGAUCCGAAUGGCCUAUCGCUUUGAAACCUGGUGUUAUGAACUCAAUCUAAUUGUAGAAGGUCUAAAGGCAACAGAAUAAAAUAAAUACAGCAACUCUA